AGCUGAGGACCUGCCACCCAGGUUAUUUCCAGUGUGAUAGUGGACACUGUGUUGCAGAGCGCUUCAGAUGCGAUGGAAAUGCAGACUGCGUUGAUUUCUCCGAUGAAGCAACUUGUCCAACACGGUAUCCUAAUGGUACAUACUGUCCACCCAUGCUGUUUGAAUGUAAAAACCAUGUCUGUAUCCAGCCAUACUGGAAAUGUGAUGGUGAUAAUGACUGUGGAGAUGACUCUGAUGAAGAACUUCACCUUUGCUUGGAUAUUGAUUGUGAAUCUCCAUUCCGUUUCCGAUGUGAAAACAAUCGCUGUAUAUAUAGUCAUGAGCUGUGCAACCAGGAGGAUGACUGCGGAGAUGGAAGUGAUGAGAAAGAGGAACACUGUAUUGAACCAACCCCAAGACCUUGUACAACUGAGGAAUUCAAGUGCAGUAAUGGAAAUUGCAUUCCUCUACAUUAUGUCUGUGACAAUUAUGAUGACUGUGGAGACCAUUUUGAUGAAAUGGGCUGCAAUCCUGGAACACAGCGAACUUGUGCAGAAAAUAUCUGUGAACAUAACUGUACCAACCUGAAUGAAGGAGGCUUUAUCUGUUCCUGUAGGCCGGGGUACAAGGCCAGUGAAACUAACCGAAACUCCUGUGAUGAUAUCAAUGAGUGUGAGAUCUUUGGAACAUGCACCCAGGACUGCAAGAAUUCCAAAGGAAGUUAUGAAUGUUUCUGUGCAGAUGGCUUCAGGUCUGUGGGUGAUCAACAAGGGAAACAGUGUGCAGCUAAUGGUAAUCCUCCAUUGUUACUGCUGCCAGAUAACGUGCGGAUUCGAAGAUACAAUAUCUCAUCAGAACAGUACUCUGACUAUAUUGAUAACCAGGAUCGUAUCCAAGCUCUGGAUUAUGAUUGGGACCCUGAAGGAAUAGGCCUGAGUAUUGUGUACUUCAGCAUUCUGGGACAGGGUUCUGAAUUUGGAGCCAUCAAACGUGCUUAUCUGCCCACAUUUGACAGCAGUAGGAACAAUCCUACGAAGGAAGUUGACUUGAAUCUCAAAUACAUAGUUAAUCCUGAUGGGUUAGCUGUUGACUGGGUUGGAAGACACCUUUACUGGACUGAUGCAGGGACUAAUCGCAUAGAGGUGGCAAAAUUAGAUGGACGGUACAGAAAAUGGCUUAUCUUUUCUCUGCUGGAUCAACCAGCAGCUAUUGCUGUCAAUCCAAAACGUGGGCUCAUGUAUUGGACUGACUGGGGAAGGCAGCCAAAGAUUGAAUGUGCCUGGAUGGAUGGACAACAAAGAAAAACUCUGGUCUCUGAAGACCUUGGCUGGCCAACAGGUCUUUCUAUUGAUUAUUUGAACAAUGAUAGGAUCUAUUGGAGUGAUUCUAAAGAAAAUAUUAUUGAAUCCAUGAGACCUGAUGGGACAGACAGAACUGUAGUAUUACAUGGAGCAGGCAGUCCAUACAGCCUUGAUGUCUUUGAAGGCCAUUUAUAUUGGAUAGCUAAAGAACGAGGAGAAGUCUGGAAGAAAGACAAAUUUGGAAGUGGAGAAAAAGUGAAAGUGCUGACCGUAAAUCCGUGGCUUACUCAAGUGCGCAUCUAUCACCAGCACAGAUACAAUCAGUCAGUGCCUAAUCCUUGUAAAGAUGUCUGCAGCCACCUCUGCUUGCUGAGACCUGGCGGGUACACCUGCACUUGUCCUCAAGGGACUCGAUUCAUAGAAGGCAGCAGCACAGAGUGUGAUGCAG